AUGUACAAGCGUAUGUUCGUAAUAAUAUUAAUAUCAGUGCAAACUGAAUGCAGAAGUUAUACCAAAUAUGAAAAUAAUAAUCCCAUCGGUUUAGUUGACGCGAGUGACGGUGAUGAGUUGAUUAUUGAUGAACUUAAAAAUGAUGAUACUGGAUAUGACACGGCGCGUUUAAGAGAUAAUGAAUUGAUUCGUAUCAGGAGGCAAAACGAUGAUGACGAAUUUGAUGACGAUGAAGGAGGCUAUGUAUUACUGCCUGGUAAAAAGAACGAUCAAGACUUCGGUUGGAAUGUGGAAAGUUGUCCUGAGGGGAAGAUCAGGGCACCCUGGGGAAAGUGUGUUACGUGUGCAGAGUACAUGGAAAAACUAAAAAAGAAAGGACCUGGCUGUUAA